AUGUGGGGAACACGGCAGCCCUUUGGAAUCCGGCAACUGCUGCUCCUGCUGGCAGCGAUCCCACUCACACAGGUGCAGGCAACCCACCCGGAGUGCUCCAUCGUUCUGCAUUUACAGGAACGAGAGGCGGAGUGUCUGGAAACAAUCAGGAGUGAAAACCAAAGCAAUGAGUCUCCAGAGUCUUCCAGCUGGAAAGGCUGUCCGAGGGAGUGGGAUGGCGUCAGCUGCUGGCCGGCGGUGUCAAUUGGCCAGUCCCAAGCAGUGACCUGUCAAGAGAUCCUUCAAGUAUUCAAGAAAUCUCAAGUGUUGAUAAGCAGGAACUGCACAGAAUCCGGCUGGAGCAGCCCCAGCCCCGCGUACUACGCCUGCGAGCUGAAUGGCAGCAAUAAGGACACAGAAGCCAAGGGGGCCUAUUUUGCCACUGUGAAGGUGCUUUAUACCUGUGGCUACUCCACCUCCCUGGCUGCUCUGCUCCUGGCCAUCAGCAUCUUCUCCUGCUUCAGGAAGCUUCACUGCACCAGGAAUUCCAUCCACAUCCACUUCUUCUCCUCCUUCAUAAUGCGGGGAGCUGCCGUGUUCAUCAAAGACUCCAUGCUCUUUGCGGAUGAAUCCAUCAAUCACUGUACCAUGUCAACGGUGAACUGCAAAGUGGCCAUUGCUUUCUUCCAGUACUCCGUGCUGGCCAACUUCUACUGGCUCCUCGUAGAGGGGAUGUACCUGCAAACACUGCUGCUGUUCACCUUCACCUCUGACAAGAGGUAUUUCUGGUGGUACACUCUCAUUGGCUGGGGUGUCCCUAUGCUCAUUGUGAGCUUGUGGAUCUUCGCCCGGCUACAAUAUGACAACCAUGGGUGUUGGGAUGACUAUGCCAGUCUGUACUGGUGGGUGAUCAAGGCUCCCAUUCUCUUUGCCAUCUUUAUGAACUUUCUCAUCUUCCUGAAUGUGAUCCGAAUGUUAGUGCAGAAGAUUCGAUCCCCUGACGUUGGCAAAAACUACAAGCAGCAGUACAUGAGACUGGCAAAAUCCACACUGCUUCUCAUCCCCCUCUUCGGGGUUCACUACGUGGUAUUCGCCCUCUUCCCGGAACAUAUUGGUGUUGAAGCAAGACUCUAUUUUGAACUGGUUCUUGGCUCCUAUCAGGGGUUCCUGGUGGCUCUGCUGUACUGCUUCCUGAAUGGGGAGGUGCAGGCGGAGAUCCAGAGGAACUGGGGCAAAUGGCAGUCAUCCAUGGAGAGCAAUGUCUUCAACCUGGUGACCCAAGACUCUACAGCCUGAGAAGGGAAGGGGCUGGUGAUAAACAGCUUCCCAAAGCCUGACCGCUACUCCAUGCCCCACAGCAGCAGCCCCAGCGGGGAGUAGGGCAGUGCCUUGCAUUCCACUUUGCCACCCAGUUUGUUUCAGCUUCCUUGGCCAAACAUACAGAGAUGGGGACUGAGGGAAAAGACCUUGUAGAUCCACUCGAGCCCCUCCCCAGAGAUUGCUGCAGGGUCGU